AUGGGAAACUGCUGUAGCAACGACGAUGAUAGACCUGACCAAGGCUUCCAUUAGAAUUAAUGUAUCAAUUAUGGUCCUUUAAAGAGAGAUGAAGAGGAUACAUCCAACAAUUUACCAAACACUUUAACUUUCGGUUAACCCGUAAAAGUUGAAGAUAGACCUGUGGAUUUGUAAGCAUCCGAAUUCAUCCAUGAUGGACACUAAUUCUUAGCUGAAUCAAGAAUAUCAUAGAGAGAACCUGUUGAAAAAUCAUUCAUGGCUGUUAUCACUUCACCAGAAAAGAACAUGGAAAGAUCUAAUCGUAUCAGAAUCAUCAAUCAAGUCGAAUAAAACAAUUUCGUCAGUGAGCCUCUAACAGAUACUUAAAAAGAUACUAGAUGCAUGGAGUUAAAUAAAAAUUUAAAGACUCCUUAGUUGAGCAAUAGUUUUUACAGAGGCUCAAACGUUAACACAACAUAAGAGAGACCAUUUUAUAAUGCUGCUACUAAUUAAAAUUAGCAAGCCUCAUCAUAUUAUUAAGUGAAUACAACAAGUAGCUAUAGCAAUUAAGUAGGAACAAAUAACAAUCAACAGCCUGCAUAUAAUGGAUACUAACAACAAUAAUACCAAGCAAGUCAAGUUAGAUAUUCUUAAGCACAACAAGCAGCUCCAAUUAACAAUAAUAGCAAUCUUAUUCACAAUAACAACCCUAUUAUCAAAUCUUUAAACUUCAGUUGA